CGUCACCUGUCUCAAAGGACGUCCCUUUAAAUCGCUCAGCUCCAAACCCAAAAUCUUCAGGGAACGACAGCGUCGAUUCAAUGUGCCGGAAUGACACCGACCAAGAAGAUCUCAAGACAUGGACUGCUUGAGUGACGACCUUCGCGGAGAACCGAAUGGCGUAAAAGACAUCAACGCCGACUGCCAGGAGGAUGAGCCUCUGCUCCGAGAGAACCCCAGACGCUUCGUCAUAUUCCCCAUCCAGUACCUCGAAGUGUGGAAGAUGUACAAGCAGGCCCAGGCUUCCUUUUGGACAGUGGAAGAGGUGGAUCUCUCCAAAGACCUGGCGCACUGGGAACGCCUCAAACCUGAGGAGAAGCAUUUCAUCUCGCAUGUCCUGGCCUUCUUCGCUGCCAGCGAUGGCAUUGUGAAUGAGAACUUGGUGAAGAGAUUCUGCGAGGAGGUCCAGGUCCCCGAGGCACGUGCCUUCUACAGCUUCCAAAUCCUGAUGGAGACGGUGCACUCGGAGAUGUACAGCAUACUCAUCAACACCUACAUACGGGAUCUCAAGGAAAGAGACUCUCUCUUCAACGCAAUUGAAUUGCUCCCAUGUGUCAAACGUAAGGCCGACUGGGCGCUCCAGUGGAUAAACGACAGCCAGUCCACCUUUGCCGAGCGACUUGUGGCCUUUGCAGCGGUGGAAGGCAUCUUCUUCUCCGGCUCCUUCGCCGCCAUCUACUGGUUGAAGAAAAGAGGCCUCAUGCCUGGCCUCACCUACUCCAACGAGCUCAUCAGCCGGGACGAGGGACUGCACUGCAACUUUGCCUGUCUGCUGUACAGCUACCUGGUGAAGAAGCCUUCCGAGGACCGUGUGAAGGGCAUCAUCACUGAGGCCGUUAGCAUCGAACAGGAGUUUCUGACUGAGGCCUUACCGGUGGAGCUGAUUGGAAUCAACUCUUCCCUCAUGAAGCAGUACAUCCAGUAUGUCGCUGACCACCUCCUCACUGACCUGGGACUAACAAAGGUUUACUUGUCCGAGAACCCGUUCGACUUCAUGGAGUCUAUUUCACUGGAGGGGAAGACCAAUUUCUUUGAGAAGCGAGUGGGCGAGUACCAGAGAUUCGGAGUCAUGUCCAGUAUGAUGGACUGCGAGUUCACUCUGGACGCCGACUUUUGAAGUUCCAUCUUUUUUUGAAAUGUAUUUAAGUCACACAUUCAGGGUCACAAAUACCAAAAGACAAAACAUUUGCAUCUUCUCUUGUCCAGUCAGUCAUAUCGUGCAGUAAGACUCAUCCAGGAUAUUCAAACCCAUAUUGGCAAAACUACAACAACUCUGUGAUUUUGGUCUGUAGCUCUUACAUGUUUUUGGAAUGUGGGAGGGUGCCAGAGUAUCAGGAGAAACCCAUGCUUGCGGGGGUUUUCUCUCAGUGCUUUGGCAAACGUACAAGGUCCACACAAGAAGGUUGGAGCCCGGUUUCAAACCCCGCAACCUCAGAACUGUGAGGCAGAUGCGCAAACCACUCAUGCACCAUGGUUCCAAGAUCUUAUUUUAAAAAGCAGGUAUUAUUUUAGAGUUUGUACCCAAAAAAGUACUAUCUUUAUUAAAGUCUUUACCUUUAUAGAUUCAUCAUGUCUUCAUUGUUAAGGUAAAACGAAAUGCAUGUCUGCUUCAAUUAA